GCGCACUUUGGUUAUCCGCGUGUAUCGACGAUGAUGGCGCAAACGAGCAUGUUUUCCACGACCGUCUAGACCUCGUCCGCCGCCCUUCUGCGCGUACAUUGUCGUCGUGAAUAUUAUUAUCUAUUAUAAGUUAUUAUUAUUAAAACCGUCUAAAAAUAAAAACCGAAACUCUGCGUGCACGCCUAAAUGUCGCGGGAAUAAUAAUCGUGUGCGUGAUAACGCCGGGGGACGUCGACAUCCGACACGGAUAAUAUCAUUCGCUUCAUACGGAAAUAGGUACGGACCAUUAUUCAGCGAAGAUACCGCGUAAACCCACAUGCACAGUAAUCGUGAGACGAUAUUAAAACAUUACCCGAACGUACUACACGACACCGCAGUAAUAUGAUCAGUGUACGCGGCCCGCAGUGACGUUUUGUCGGUUAGGAUAUAUUAUUUUUGUUCGACUCGCGAUCAAAUUCGCGUUCAGCCGCCAAAAGUUAUUUUGUAUCGUCGAGCGCGCGCGCGAGUGUGUCCCGCCGCAGGCUGCUGUCGUUCGAUCGUUCGGCCGCCGUCUACAUGGUUUCCGACGUUUGCGUGCGUGUCGUCGACAGCCGUGGCGCCAAAAAGCCAACCGUCGUAUCUCUGCGGAUUCGGUGGCGUACCCUACAAGAAUAAGUACGAAACGUCGACGAAUCAUUGCAAGAUGCAGAAAACAGUGACGCGAAUAAUAGUUUUAAGACAAAGACAGUUAAGAUGUUCCAAGUUAUUAACAGUUUGUCCAUGUGUGAAUUUUAUAUUAAGUUGGUGUUAAAUAAGUGAUCAUGGUUAAAUUUUAAAUUUUUUUUAUCAACCCUUAAGUAAAAAAAUAAAAAUGGUGGAUACACGCACAUUAACUGAGUCAGCCGAGAAAGAAAGGCAAGAAAUGGAACAGCUAACUAAACUUAUGACUAUGAAAUCAGCUCAAAUAAUUGUACAGUCAAGAAUGGGUGAAAGAUUGCAUACUUAUUGUACAAAUCAGAAUAGUUCGAUGAAUGUUGCAAUAAAAGAAAUCCCAGACGUAAUAACUGAAACAAAACUAGCGUUAAGCAAUGGACUUGGAGAUUCUGUGCCUUUAUGUGUAGAAAUAUUUUUGAAAACUGUUGAUGGAGAUAUGAUGACAUUAGAAACAUGGAGUAUUGGUUUAUUAGCAGAAAGUGCCUUUGAUCCCUUUUGUUCUCGACACUUAGUUUAUACACUAUAUAACAGAUUAGGGAUUUUAUUAAAAUCAUUAGUGUCAGUUUCUCGAGUAAUACCAGCAUAUCGGUACUCUAGACAACAAUCACAUGAUUCUUUUCAAAUUCAUCACCGAAUUUAUGCUGGAGAACCUCAAGUCCAUACUCUUGGAAAAGAAUAUAAAGAAUUACAAAUUGGCCAAGUGUCAAUGCCUAUCGGGACCAUUCAAGUGACAGUUUGUUAUCGUACCUCUAUGACACUAACGUCUCAACAAGAUCCAAUCAUGUUGAAAAGUGAUCAUUUUCGAAAAGAGUAUAGCCCACGGCACAAUCAGAUAAUCAAAACGCCAAUUGAUCAGUCCAGGACAGCAUACAUCAUGGAUGAUUGGACAGUGGGUGCUUUUUCAGACAGUCUUGAAGAAAAAGUGAAGAAACUUAACCUAUAUCGUAUUCCUGAGUUUCCCAAAGAUACAUUCAUAAAGCCCAGAAAACGAGCUGAAUAUUGGCCACCACACAUGGUACCUAGUAAUCAAUUACAAAAACUCCAAGAGUCCACAAAUGAAAAUAACAAUUCAGUGACAUCUUCUAUUCAAAAUAACAAGACUUCUGCAGUAAGCAACACUGUGGCGAUAAGCACUGGAGUUGCCAAUAAUGGCAAUACUACUGAAACCAAGAACAAAUUCAAUCAUUCGAUAAAUACAUCCAGCAACGAGGCCAUCAAUGAUUUUAUUUUGGUAGAAUUGGGCCAGUCUGUAAAACCUCAAUCACCCGAAGAUUUUUGUCGGAGACGUAGUUGUGACACCAAUCCGUUACAAUUUAAGCCUGCUGCAUUUUCCGAUUCAAAUCCAAACAUUGAAUUGGCGCUCUUCUAUCAAAAGUUUCUUGGUGCUCCAUCAUUAAAAGUUCGUUCUGAACAUUUGAAUGUCUGCAACCACCUGUCUGAAAUUGUUGAACAAAUUAAAUGUUUUGAUGAACGUAUGGUAGAAUUUGACAGGGUAGUAUUAGACUUAUGCCACAAAGAUGAUGACAGUGAAUAAAAUAAUUGAAAAACAUACGUUCCGUAAUGUUUGUAACAAGACUGACUGUCAAAACGAGUAAGAAGCUCAAAAUGAAUAUGUACUUUAUAUGCAUAAACAUAUAUAUUUAUAUAUAAUGUAUGUAUGUACUAUUUUUUUUUAAUAUUUUAUAAAAAAAUUAAACCAAGUUAUAGCAAAGUUAUAAAUAAUUCCAAAACAUUACUGUUUUGUUUAUUUUCUAAGCAAAUGACUGAUCAAUGAUUGAUGAAUUAAUAAAUUAUUUAUUAUCCUCGCGUAGGGUGUGGUGGUCACUAAAAAUCACACAAUUAGGCCUGAAAGUUCCUCCUUUUUGUUAAACAUAAAAAUAAUAAUAAAGUUUUGCAUUUAUGUUUAAUGAGGUUUAGUUUUAAUUUUAAUUUAUUUUGUUUGUUUAUUUCUUAAUGUUACCUUAAAUAAAAUUAAUAAUUUAACUUU